GCGAUCCACCUCUGUGAUCACGGAUCUGCUGCAUUUCUCUACAAUGCACCCCCCCUCCUCUAUAUCUCUCUGAAAACGGCACUCACCAGUGGAGCUCACUCUCUCCUCUCAUCCUCUCUCCUCAGUGAGGAUGUCAUCCACAAAUUUGAUGACCCAGCAAAGCUUUCAGUCUAGCUGGUGGCUUCUGACAGAGACCCCACAUGAUCGGGUGUACCGGACAAGGAGGUACCGUGUUUAAGGAGCACCUGGGAAAAGAUUUCAGCUGCAGCAUUCCAAAGCAGUGACAACAACUACUGGGUCUCCAUAACAACCCCCCCGUUGGGACCAUCUCUAAACAAAACCAUCAGAACUACUGGACACAUGUCACAGGUUGAGCAGGAAAUCUUACUUGUUCAAAGGAAGAUGUCUGACCUUGAGUCAGUACUGCAGCAGAAGGACAUUGAGUUGAAGGCCUCAGAGACUCAAAGGACUAUCCUUGAACAGGACCUGGCCACCUACAUUACGGAAUGCAGUAGUCUAAAGCGUAGUUUGGAACAAGCUCGAAUGGAGGUGACACAGGAGGAUGACAAAGCAUUACAGCUCCUCCAUGACAUCCGUGAGCAGAGUAACAAGCUUCAGGAAAUCAAAGAACAGGAAUAUCAUGCCCAGUUGGAGGAGAUGCGAGUUUCCAUCCGACAACUGGAGGAGGACCUGUCCGCUGCUCGUCGUCGUAGCGACCUGUACGAGGCAGAGUUGAAGGAUUCUCGACAGAACAGUGAGGAAUUGAAGAGGAAGGCAGGAGACUAUCAGCAUCGAUUACAGAAGGCCAAAGAGCAAGGAAAAGCAGAGGCAGAUGAGCUAAUCACCAAGUUGGAAAAGACUAAUUUGGAGCAGCAGGCAAAGCUCCAUGAUCUUCAAGAGAAGCUUGCCAAGGCAUUAAAAUCCAGUUCAGAAGCUGCAGACCAUCUCCAUAGCAUGAAAAUGGCCAAAGAACGUAUGGAACGAGAGCUAGAGCGGCUACAGAAUAAGGAGGAGUCCAAUGACAGUCUCCGAAGACGUCUCCGUGAGACUGAGGAUGGUAGAAAGACACUUGAGAACCAAGUGAAAAGACUUGAGAUUGUUGAGCGCCGCGAGACCAAAAUGAAGGAUGACAUCCAGAGCAAGGGCCAGCAGAUUCAGCAGAUGGCAGAUAAAAUUCUGGAGCUUGAGGAAAGUCUGCGAGAUUCCCAAGCCGCAGCACAGCGGUUGGAAACCCAUCUCAAACAGAAGGAGAAGCUAUAUGAAGACAAGAUUAAGGUACUGGAGUCACAGAUGAAAGCAGACAUGGCUGAUAAAGAAAUGCUGGAGUCCAGUCAGAGCAAAUAUGAGGAGGAGGUGCGGGAGAAAUGCAGCAUCAUCAGUGAACAGAAGGCGACCAUAAAUGCAAUGGAUUCAAAGAUGAACAGUCUGGAGCAGAGAAUUGCUGAGCUGUCUGAGGCCAACAAACUGGCAGCCAACAGCAGCAUCUACACCCAGAAAAACAUGAAAGCCCAGGAAGAGAUGAUCUCAGAGCUUCGCCAGCAGAAGUUCUACUUGGAGUCUCAGGCUGGCAAGUUGGAAGCCCAGAAUGCCAAACUUGAGGAGCAUCUCGAGAAAACAAGCCACCUAGAGCAUACGCACAAGAGUCGGGUCUUAGAGCUGGAAACCAGGCUCAGAGAGAUUGGACUUGAGCAUGAGGAACAGAAGCUGGAGAUCAAGCGUCAGGUGACAGAGGUGACAUUGUCAUUGCAGGAACGCGAAGCCCAGAUCACCAACCUCCAGGCGGCUCGCCGCGCUUUGGAGAGUCAACUGCAGCAUGCCAAGACUGAGCUCGAGGAGACCACUGCUGAGGCUGAGGAAGAGAUCACUGUGCUCAGAGCACACAGAGAUGAGAUACAACGAAAGUAUGAUGCUUUGAGGGACAGCUGUGCGGUGAUCACUGACCUGGAGGAACAGCUGACCUCACUGACCCAGGAGAAUGCUGAGCUGAACCGCCAGAACUUCUACCUGUCUAAGCAGCUGGAUGAAGCAUCUGAUGAGCGGGAGGACCGACUGCAGCUCAGCCAGGAUGUGGACCAGCUGCGUCGCGAGGUGGCUGACCGUGAGAUGCACCUCAACAACCAAAAACAGAACCUCGAAACACUGAAGACCACAUGCACCAUGUUGGAAGAGCAAGUCCUGGAACUUGAGACGUUAAAUGAUGAACUUCUGGAGAAGGAGAGACAGUGGGAUACCUGGAGGGCAACACUUGAAGAUGAGAAGAACCAGGCUGAGAGGAGGACAAGGGAGGUCCAAAGAAUGCUGGACACUGAGAAACAGAACAGACUCCGUGCUGAACAGCGCAGCUCAGAGUCUCGUCAGGCUGUGGAACAGGCUGUGAAGGAGCACAAAGCUGAGAUGUUGGCGCUACAGCAGAUUCUCAAAGACCAGAAACUCAAAGCUGAGAGCCUUGCAGACACUUUGAAUGAUUUGGAGAAGAAGCACGCCAUGCUGGAGAUGAAUGCGCGUAGCUUGCAGCAAAAGCUGGAGAGCGAGAGAGAUCUGAAACAGCGGCUGUUGGAUGAGCAAGAGAAGCUUCAGCAGCAAAUGGAUGCUCAGAAGGCGCAUAUCUUCCGUCUGACCCAGGGCCUGCAAGAUGCGCUCGAUCAGACUGACCUUCUGAAAACUGAGAGAACUGACCUGGAAUAUCAACUGGAGAACAUCCAGCUCCACCUGCAGGCUGUGUACUCCCAUGAGAAGGUGAAAAUGGAGGGGACUAUCACCCAGCAGACAAAGCUCAUCGACUUCCUCCAAGCCCAAGCUCAUGGUGGUUCGAAGAAGAAAAAGGGACUCUUUGGGCGUCGGCGUGAAGAUAUUUUGGCUGCCAUGGCUGCUCAGGCCCAGGCGCAGACCCAGGCCCAGGGACAAAGUCAAGGCCAGGUCUCCCCAGUGUCGUCCAUCCAGCCAGUUCCCCUGCAGUACAGCGACAUGAAGUUAGCGCUGGACAAAGAGCGAACUCGCUGCUCUGAGCUUGAAGAUGCGCUUCAGAAAAUGAGAGCAGAACUGCGAUCUCUAAGAGAAGAAGCACUCCAAUACAAAGAUCACAGCAGUUCCGCAAACCCAGCCGCAGCACGACAACAGAUGAUGAUGUCUGCCAUGGUGAAGUCUCCCGAUCACCAACAAGUCCCAGCCAGCGUGGUACCGUCCAACUCGGGUCGCAGGAAGGAGGUUGCAACACCUGAGGAAUAUAGCCGGCGAAUGAAAGAUAGUCAGAGGGAAAGAGAGAGGGAAAGGGUGCACCACCACACCGCUCACCGCUUCACAGUGGGACUCAACAUGCGCGCCGCCAAGUGUACCGUUUGCCUGGAUACGGUUCACUUUGGUCGACAAGCCGCCACCUGUCUGGAAUGUCACGCUCUUUGCCAUCCGAAAUGCUCCCCGUGCCUCCCAGCGACGUGCGGCAUGUCGAGCGACUGCUCUCUGCAUCUGUCCGAGGGCUUUUGUCGGGAGAAAGGCCAGCAGCUCAAAGACGCUGCCAGUGGACACAUGCACCUAGAGGGAUGGAUGAAGCAACCCAGAAAUGGAAAGCGAGGCCAAGGCUGGGAGCGGAAAUACGUGGUCCUCGAUGGGACUAAAGUGUCCAUCUACGAGAUUGAACCCAGAGAAGAUUCAAUCAAGCCAUUGGAGGAGUUUGACUUGUGCAUGUCUGAUGGAGAGGUUGAAGUUCACGGAGCAGUAGGGGCCACUGAGCUACCCAACACAGCCAAAUCAGAUGUUCCAUACGUUCUGAAGCUGGAGUCGCGUUGCCACGCCCCUUGCUGGCCUGGACAGUCCAUUUACUUCAUGGCUCCCAGUUUCCCAGACAAGCAGCGCUGGGUGGCAGUCAUGGAAUCUGUCGUCGCUGGGGCGCGAGUCUCUCGGGAGAAGGCCGAGGCGGACGCAAAGCUCCUAGGAAACUCUCUCCUGAAGCUGGAAGGAGACGACAGGCUUGAUAUCAACUGCACACUUCCACUCACUGAUCAGGUAGUCCUGGUGGGCUCUGAGGAAGGUCUGUAUGCCCUCAAUGUGAUCAAGAACUCCUUGGCUCACAUUCCUGGCCUUGGAUCCGUCUUUCAGAUCCAUAUCAUCAAGGAGAUGGAGAAACUGCUGAUGAUUGUUGGGGAAGAGAGGGCCUUGUGCUUGGUGGAGAUCAAGCGAGUGAAGCAGUCUUUGACUCAAUGUCACCUGCCCAGCCAGUCCGAACUGACUCCAUACAUUUUUGAGACGGUGAAAGGAUGCCAUCUAUUUGCUGCCGGCAGAAUAGACAAUGGCUCCUGCAUUUGUGCUGCAAUGCCAAACAAGAUUACCAUCCUACGUUAUAAUGAUAAUCUCAGCAAAUACUGCAUUCGCAAGGAAAUUGAAACUCUGGAGCCUUGCAGCUGCAUUCACCUGACAAGCUACAGCAUCAUUCUUGGCACCAACAAGUUCUACGAGAUUGAGAUGAAGCAGUUUGUACUUGAAGAGUUCCUGGACAAGAACGACAUGUCGUUGGCCUCCGCCGUGUUUGCUGCCUCAUCCCACAGCUUCCCCAUUGCCAUCAUGCAAGUGGCCAGCAGCAUGCAGAAGGAGGAGUACCUGCUGUGUUUUCACGAGUUUGGUGUGUUUGUGGACACGUAUGGACGAAGAAGCCGCACCGAGGACAUCAAGUGGAGUCGCCUGCCUUUGUCCUUUGCCUACAGAGAGCCCUACCUUUUUGUCACCUACUUCAACUCACUGGACGUGAUCGAGGUUCAGGGUCCCGCUGCUUUGGGUCCUUCGGUGCUGGCCCACCUGGACAUCCCCAGCCCUCGCUAUCUGGGCCCAGCCAUCUCAUCCGGGGCCAUUUAUCUGGCUUCGUCUUACCAGAACAAGCUGCGGGUCAUCUGCUGUAAAGGCAGCCUGAUCCGAGAAUCGGGAGAGCUGCAGAGGACCGGCUCCAGCAGAGGGAGUCCCAGCAAGCGAGGCCCUCCCACCUAUUCGGAGCACAUCACCAAGCGCUUGACCUCGGGCCCCGGCAGCCAUGACGGUUUGCAUCGAGAGCCGAGCACCCCUCACCGCUAUCGGGAAGGGCGCACCGAGUUCCGGCGGGACAAGUCUCCGGCACGCCCCUUGGACAGGGAGAAGUCACCCGGCAGGGUGCUGGACAGCCGCAGGGAGAGAUCUCCCGGACGAUUCGGGGACAACAAUCGACUCGUUGCCGGCUCUGUGCGCACACAGCUGGCUCCUGUUAACAAGGUGUGGGACCAGUCGUCUGUGUGAGAGAGAGUUCAUCGGCGCUCCUUUUGAACAGGCCAGUGACUCGCACUUGACUGACAAACGGCCAUCUUGCCUGUAACAGUCACACACCUUCAAUUUGACAGCACAAAGCCGAAACGUGCUUUUUUGGGGGAAGCGUAUCCCACAGUGGAAUCGGUGGCAGGGAAACCGCGUCGUGCAUCUAUUUUAUGACAGAUCACCGGCGUACAUGUAAAUAACGUUGUGAGUUUUUAUAAAGGGAAAAGUCGGCCAGCAAAGCCAUGUCUAUUUUUUUGUAAAAAGAGAAUUUCUAUAGAAGUUGCAGGGAGCCUCACGCCAUAUUAUUGUCUUGAAUUCACGGUAGUGAGGGACAAGUUGAAGCAAUUUGCAUAUCAGUUGGACUUGAACAGGAUGUAAGAAAAACUUUUGUUUUCCACACCAAACGUGAGGUCCUGUUUCUUGUCUGUAUCUCCUUUGAUAUACUGUACACCCAUUGCGUAUAGAAGUGCUUCAUUGAGAACAAUGUUGCCUUGUGUUUCUUCAAAAGCUCAGAGUGCUGCCUCAUCUUGCUCUUGUUGGUCUACAGCAUUCCGUGUGUGUGAAGUGACCUGCAGUGGCUGUCAAAGGUGUUUCUUUUGUGCCCGUUCGACUUCCUCAUCAGUGAGCAUGGCAUGCGGUAUUUAGAGCAGUUUAAUUCUUUCUCUUGCUUACUUUCUGUCAAACUCGCGUUCAAUAAUUACACUUCAAUGUUAACGCUAACAGAAGAUUUUUCUGAUUUUUAGAUAUCUGCAGAAGAUAUUAAA